AUUAAAUCUGAAAUGAGUAUUUAUUGAGUAAUGUUAAGGGUUUAUUUCUUAGUCUUGGUGCCAUUGUUUGGUCUGCACCACAGUUCAAUUGACAGCUUUCACAGCACCCUAAACAAAAUUUGUUUUAUGCUCUAUAGUCUCUCCUCAUUUCUUGUCAUGCAGGGGGUUCUUAAGUACACAGGCUCGUUUGGCCUGUCCCUGGUAGUGUGGGCCAUUGGAGGGAUAUUUUCAGUGUUUGGAGCGCUAUGCUAUGCUGAGCUGGGUACUACCAUCCGUAAAUCUGGUGCUUCCUAUGCCUACAUCCUGGAGGCUUUUGGAGGUUUCUUGGCUUUUAUUCGAUUGUGGACGUCGUUGUUGAUAGUUGAGCCUGCUUGUCAGGCAGUGAUAGCUCUGACCUUCUCCAACUACCUGGUUAAGCCCUUCUACCCCAGCUGUCCAGCGCCCUAUGUCGCCGUCCGCCUCAUCGCUGCUGUCAUCAUAUGUCUGCUGACCUGUGUGAACUGUAUGAAAGUGAAAUGGGGUGCUAUUCUUCAGGUCAUCUCCACUGUAGCCAAGGUCCUAGCUCUCAUUGUCAUCAUUAUUACUGGCCUGGUAAAGCUGGGACAAGGUUUUGACCAGAACUUUGAGGACUCAUUCAAAGGCUCCAAACUGGACCCUGGUAACAUGGCCUUGGCCCUCUAUUCAGCACUCUAUUCAUACUCUGGCUGGGACACACUCAACUUCAUCACGGAGGAGAUCAAAAACCCAGAGAGGAAUCUGCCCUUGGCCAUCGCUAUUUCCAUGCCCAUUGUCACUGUGAUCUACAUCUUGACAAAUGUAGCUUACUACGUUGUCAUGGAUGCAGACAAAGUGCUCAGCAGCGAAGCCGUUGCUGUGACAUUUGCAGAUGAGGUGCUGGGCUGGGGUCGAUGGCUGAUCCCUCUGUCUGUGGCCAUUUCCUGCUACGGAGGCCUCAACUCCUCCAUCAUCGCUGCCUCCAGGUUGUUUUUUGUUGGUUCCAGAGAAGGCCACCUGCCUAAUGUGCUGUGCAUGAUCCACAUAAAGCGUUUCACACCAAUUCCUGCCCUGCUUUUCAACGGUGGCAUGUCUCUGUUCUUCCUGUCUGUGCCUGAUGUUUUCCAGUUGAUCAACUACUUCAGUUUCAACUACUGGUUGUUCAUCGGCCUGUCAAUAGCCAGCCUGAUCUACCUUCGCGUCAAAGCUCCUGAUAUGCAUCGACCAGUAAAGCUGUCUUUGUUCUUCCCGAUCGUCUACUGCUUGUGCAGCGUAUUCCUUGUAGUGGUUCCCCUCUACAGCGACACCAUCAACUCUCUGGUGGGAAUUGCUGUGGCGCUGUCUGGUGUACCAGUCUACUUCAUUUGCAUCCACCUGCCACCCAGCUCCAGACCAGCCUUCCUCAGUGAAAUGCUCAAUAAGCUCUCUCUGUACACCCAAAAACUGUGCAUGUGUUGUGUGGCCUCGCCUGAUAUCGACCUGGACAAUAUAGACCCAGACAAGAUGGAAUGAUGGAGCAACAAAGGCCUUGUGUGAAAUGCUGUAUGGAGGGAUGGGAGAGGAAGAAUGAACACAAAGGAAGCUGUGAGCUGCAGACAAUCAGGAUUUGGAUAAGUACAGUCUGAUCGAUUUUAAAGAAGAAUGAAGAAACCGGAGAGGUGAGCUCAACACACAUCCUCUCCCCUCACACAUGAGCCAUAUGUACAAAGGAGAAGGCUUUUGCUCUGAAUAAAUAGUGUACAUGAUAACCCCAACAACUUGGUGAAAGCUGAGCACAUUCACAUGUUUACACAAUGCAGCAACACACACACACACACACACACACGCGCAAGUUGAAGGAAAACCUUAGGGGGACACUGCGACAAAUGGAAAUUAACAACCCGAUCCAGAAGGUACUGACUCAGCAAAGAUGCCUGAGCUGAUAUAUUUACAAACAGGAGGUUGUUAAGGAAAACACACAGAGGUGGAUUUGAAAACUGCCAUGCUUUACAUGUGUUGCAUCACAUGGAUGGAUGGUUAAAACCUUGUGACCCUUUUUGAAAUGAUGCUUGUGAACCCUCAAUCACAGGUUGCAAACGGUGAUUUUUCUUUUCCUUCUUAUUUGAACUUUUUUAGGGGCCUUAAGAUUGUAAAAUGAAUUAAUAAUUCACAAGCAAAGAAAAAAAAAACAUUGAUUAGAAAAAAAGUCAGAAAAAGAAGCAUUUUCAUGUUUGAUUACACGCAACCCAAUGGGGUGGGUCUGUAAAGGUUUUAAUUGGUGUGCAUCAACAUCAGACGGGUAAUUUGGCAGUGUGUGGUACUCAUAAAACUAAGAGUUUAAACAUCAACUUUAUUGGUGAGGCAGUCAGACGAUGUCCAAAAAUAUUGUUUUCAGACUUAUUGACAGACCUCUCCAGCAAAUUUGCACAUCACAUUUGUAUUUUCUGUUUUGUUUGACAACUACCUUGGUUAUAGAAAGGCUUUAUUCUGAUCUAUUAUAGAACUGGACCAAAUGGAAAGAUGUUUAGAGAGAUUAUUUACAAAAGUGCUGUUUUUCCUUGCUGUUUGAACAAGCCUGUUCUGAUGCGUCCGUUGAAUAGGAGUAUGAUGAUACAUCCGUCACUAUAUGCUUCCUGCUUUUCUUUCCACCUCAGUAAUGCAUGUGAAAUGUUUUCAAUCCUUUGAUGCAUCAGGGCUGUAUUUGAUUUCUGGUGCCUUCUAGUGGUAGCUAAUAAUAACUUCCAGGGAUAAGCAAUGAGAUAAAGUGUCAUUCCAGUCCAUCUACAAUUUGCAUGUUUUUGUUUAUGCUGUUGUCAUAUUGUCACCUUGUUCUCUCUUUUCAAACAAACACAAACUGGUGAGAGGAAUGUAACUGUAAUGUAAGUGUUGGAUAUAUAAAAAAUGUUUUAAAAAUAUGUGAUUGUUUCUGGAUUUAACAAAUGUACCUGCCAGACUCCUAGGUAAUGUUUGUCGUCAGUAUGCAGUCUUUGUUGAAACAAGCCUCAGGAUCAACCAUGCUGAUGGGCACAUGUUGCUGAUAUUUAUGAUCUUUAUUUUUUUAGCCGCUCUUGUCUUUAGAGUUUGUAUCACAAAUGGGAGAUUUAAUGUAAUUGUUGCCUUGUGAAUAUAUCACCAACUUGGACCAUUUAGUCACCGUGCAUAGCCAAAGGUCUUAAACAAGCUGAUAGUUGGAACAUCUUUCUGCUCACAGAGUGCAGUGGGCCCGUAGCAAAAUGUCUACUUUUUAGUGAGAAAAUUAUAGCUGUAGUGUGCUGAGCUACAGAUAGAAAUGAGUCAAACUUUGGUGUUUGUACUGUAGUCCUUAUGAGCUGUAUGUGCCUUCUGUUAGUGUGGUCUGCCAAAGGCCCUGUCUAUUUUUGAUAUUGUAACGUACGUAGCUCUUGAGCACAAUCAUUGACUCGUGGGUUUGCCAAAUGUUUUUCAGGUGGUUGAGCAGCUUCACAUCUUAGCAAAGGUCGGUUAACUCUCAACUAGACAUAAUCGGGCCUUUAGAUUGAACCAUAUGCAGUGUCUUGAGUCAAGCACUUUCACAACACCAGCCAAUAGAAGCACACCGAUAUCUGUUUAAUGUUGCUUUCUCUCUGUCAUCAUUUAAACACACUUUUGUGUGUGUUGUGUGUGUGAAGAAAACUACCAUAUAUCUGCAGUAAACCAUUUAAAUGUAUUUUCAUAUAUUGCCAUGUUAUGAACUCAUAUAUACUUACAUGACUUGAAUGUUGCAGUAUAUUUGAUGUGUUUCAUUGGGUACCAAAUACUGAAUGUGUGUUUUUGUGCUUGGUUCGUGUUUGACAAAGUUGUAUAUUUGUAGAAUUGUUUAAGUGCUUGCUUUGUUGACUGUUUUUUUAUUUAAACCAAAUGGCAAGAGAUGCUAUACAGUGAAGGGCUGAGACAGAAGGUUGCUGUGUUUUAUUUGAAUAAAGGCAAGUACAGAAUGUU